CAAGCAACAACAGAGGCAAGUGCAACGGUGGCAGCAACAACUCUAUAGUAUGCGUCUCUUUAAAACUCGCAAAUCUACGGACACAUACAGCACAUUAAGCGCCGCUCAGCAACAGCAACAGCAGCAACAACAACAACACUUGAGCAACAACAGCAACAUUUUCCAUAGCAAUAACAGCAACAACCAUAAAACUCACGCCUUGGCAACAUGCAGCAACCGAUUGAGCAAAGGUAUUGCCAGCAGCGUUGCCAUAUCCUCAUCCUUGCCUGAUCUGCACGACAAUACGGCCGUCAUGAUACUCAGCUGUACGACGCUGACAAGCAAUGGCGGCGCCACAGCAACUGCUGCCGUUGGUGCAGCAGCAGCAGCAACAACUGGCAAUAAUGGACAACCGUUACGCACAGCCACGCCCACAUGUCUGGUAAGUGGGCGACAGACGCCGUCAGCGAUAUCGAUGAUCUCCUUGCAGGAGGCAAACACAUUGCACAGGCAACAGCAGCAACAUCAGCAACAUCAACAGCAACAGCAACUGCAACCAACAAUUUAUGUCCCCAAUAAACUGAGCAACAAUGUCAACAACUCGAGUACAGCAACCUUUCUGCUAAGCUACGCCAGCAACAGCAAUAUUGCUAGCGCCCAGCAACAACAACAACAGCAACAGCAUCAACAACAGCAGCAACACUAUCAGCAAUAUGUGGCACAACGUCUUCAUCCUGCUGCAGCGGUUGCUGCCACCUCAGCCUCGAACAGCUGCCUCUAUGAGAAGUCAAAUGUGAACGGCGGCAGCAGCAUUUCACUGGCGUCAAGUGGUCAUAUGCCGGAUUACAAGUUGGUUACUGCCGUGCCCGUGGUUGUUCUAGAUGAUGAACAGAAAUUGGUGGCAACAGCUGCUGAGACGCACAGCGAUGCUGGCAGCAACCUAAGCACAGGUAGCGCCACAUCCUUGGCCAACACCACACGAAAUGUGUUCACGUGGGGCAAGCGAAUGAGUCGCAAACUGGAUUUGUUGAAGCGCAGCGAUUCGCCCGCCGGCAAUACACACAAAUCCCAUACAGAUCUGCGCAGUUUGUUUCACUCGCCAACGCACAAAUCCAGCAACAGCAGCAGCAGCAACAACCACAAGUCAUCUGGAGCAACUAAUUGUGGCGGAUAUCAGAGCAACACGCUCAAAAAAUGCAAAUCGGGACCCAUUGAAACAAUCAAACAACGCCACCAGCAGCAGCAGCAACAAUUUCAACCACAGCAGCAACAACCGUUGUCAGCGUGCGAGGAUGUGGCCAACAGGGGCAGUCAGAGUGCCCAAUCGACGCCCACUCAUCAUCAAUAUCAGCCACGUCCGCAAAAGGCGUUCAAGAAUUUCUUCCAUCGGAUUGGGUCCACGGGCAUGUUGAAUCAUCGCUCCCACAAUCUGCUGAAAGCCUCCGAGGCAUCCCAACAGGCGGUGCCAACGACACAAACGCUCUAUCGGAGUAGCUCCACCAGCCAGUUGUCCAGUUGCUCAUAUAUCAAAUGUGAUGAUCCAAGCGAUGGCCUGAAUUUGCAGCGACAAAAUUUGCAACAACACCACCAGCAACAACAGUUGCAGCUGCAGCAACAGCAGCAGCAACACUUGCCACGCAUCUCCAGCUUAAAGUCGAGCAGCUGUGAUGAUAUUGCCAAGGUGAGCGGAUGUCUAACGGCCAGCAGCAGCACUAGUGGAGGCAGUGCAUCUGGCAGCACUUUGAGCUCGCCACCGUCUAGUAAUCCGAGUGGUCAGCAGGAUGCCACACGACGUGGCGCCUUUCCCUAUGCCUUUCUGCGUUCGCGUCUCUCCGUGCUGCCCGAGGAGAACGGUGGCUCUGUGCUGCUCAAGCAACGCGAGCAACUGCAGCGGGAGGCACAGGCACAAAACCAACGGCAGCAGCAGCAGCAGCAACAGCAACAGCAAUCUCCCUUGCCGCAGAGACACUCACCGGAGCAACAGGUGUCGCGCAACGAUAGCAUCUCAUCCAAGGACUGGGAACCACUUUACCAAAGAUUAAGUAGUUGUCUAAGUUCAAAUGAGUCCGGCUACGAUAGCGAUGGCGGCCAAGCGGGUGCCCGUUUGGGCAAUAAUCUAAGCAUCUCUGGCGGAGAUACAGAAUCUAUUGCCUCGGGCACACUGAAACGCAAUUCGCUCAUCUCACUCAGCUCAUCGGAGGGUGUUGGCAUGGGACUCGGAUUGGGAUUGGGCAUGGGCAUGGGAUCGGGUUCGGGCUCCUCGGUGCGGAAUAGUAUUUGCAGUGCACCCGUUUCACUGGGCGGCUAUAAUUAUGACUAUGAAACGGAGACAAUAAGGAGACGCUUCCGUCAGCUGAAGCUGGAGAGGAAAUGCCAGGAGGAUUACAUCGGACUGGUGUUGUCGCCCAAAAUGGUCGUCACCAACAACAAUGAGCAGCAGUAUCGCUAUCUAAUUGUCGAAUUCGAGCCAUACGGCAUGGCCCAAAAGGAUGGUCGCCUGCGUCUGGGCGAUGAGAUUGUUAAUGUGAAUGGUAAACAUUUGCGGGGCAUUCAAUCGUUUGCUGAGGUGCAGCGCCUACUGAGCUGCUUUGUGGAGAACUGCAUUGAUUUGGUGAUUGCACACGAUGAGAUUGCGACUGUCACCGAUUUCUAUACCAAAAUUCGCAUCGAUGGAAUGAGCACGCAACGGCAACGACUCAGUUACGCCCAACGCACGGAUUCUCUCAACAGUUUGCAGAGCCUGCAAGUGGAACAGGAGCAGGAGCACGAUCGAGAAAGGGAACGUAAUCUGGAUGAGUGCGAUGCACGUUCUGUGGCCAGCGUUAGUACGUUGCCAACGCCCAUGCCAUUGAUGCAACAUCGUCGGAGUUCGACGCCUCGGCACUCGCUGGAUGUGAGUGCGCCAGAGAAUGAGGUGUUAAGGCGCCGGGCGCGGAGCUCUUCAGGUCAGCGCAGCAGCUUGACUCUAACACCGCUAACACCGCUCUUUAACAACAAAAACUCUCAACAACAACAACAAUCAGACACUUGCUCCAACUCCUCAUCCACAUCCACACUAAAUCUCAAUAACGACUCCUAUACACCCGUGUAUGCGAAUCGGGCGGCAAGUGUUUGUGUCGCCUCCUCUCUGGCGGAUGACGACAAAUGGCGAUUGCUUGCACGCAAACGCUGUUCCGAGGGUGCCGCCUUGGCUAAUGAUGCCCACCCACUCGGGCUGGCUUCCACGGGUCAGCAGCAGUUUAAUCAGCGCACCCAUUACGCUCGCAAUUCGAUUAAUUUAACCAACUCACAUUAUCGCUCGCUGAGAUUUGCACACUCCCGUCUCAGUUCGUCGAGGCUCAGUUUAUUUAUGCAAGCGCCGCUAGCAGCAGCAGCAGCAACAGCCGAAGGAGCUGAAGAAGAUGCAACAGCAACAACAACAACCACAGACACAACAACAACUGAUCUCACUAAUCAACAACAACAACAACAGCAACAACAACAACCACAACAACACCAUUCCAUAUAUAUUAAGCAUACGCCAAAAAGCGUUUCAUUAUUUGCGCCUAAUCCAUUUCAUAAUUCCUGCUCCACUGCAUCACCAUCAUCAUCGUCAUCAGCAGCAGCUGGAGUAACAUCCUCAUCAUUGACACCGCCCACCGCCUCUCUAAUGCAUCAUCGUCCAUCGCUGCCAGUGGCCAAGUUAACCAUACGUGAUGAGGAAAUGGCUGAAGUCAUUCGAGCCUCCAUGAGCGAGGGCAAUGGACGCUGCACACCCAAAACAAUUACAUUUUUCAAAGGACCAGGCUUGAAGUCCUUGGGCUUCAGUAUUGUGGGCGGCAGAGAUUCACCAAAGGGCAACAUGGGCAUCUUUGUCAAGACUGUUUUUCCCUCCGGCCAAGCAGCCGAUGAUGGCACACUGCAAGCAGGUGAUGAGAUUGUGGAGAUCAAUGGACACUCUGUGCAGGGCAUGAGCCAUGCCGAAACAAUUGGACUCUUUAAAACUGUACGCGAAGGCACCAUAGUGCUGAAGGUCUUGAGGAGAAAAUUACAAAAAGCUAAAUCAAUGGGCACUUAAAUACAAAUCAUAUUUAAUUAUGCAUAUCGAAGCAUAUUUUAUAGCACUAUUUUUAUUUUUAUGUGAAACCUAUUUGUUAACAACUAAG